GCCGGGUUUUAUGUAGACCGUUACAACCGUUCAAACCGCAGAGUCGGCCACUGCUAUAGCGACAGCGUCAGCCCUCUAGCAUUAGGCGGUCGUCUUUGCCUGAUUAGUUUAAUUUUUUUUUCCCUUAUCCCCAAGGCCUGUAUUUAUUUUGAGAAUGGAUCCUUCGUCGCUCGACCCACGCCUCCGCGACGCUGCCAACGACUCAAUUGUCGUCAACGGGCCGACGCCAAACCCAUCCCAGCAACGUGUCGCCGUCGCUACCCUCCCCGCCUCAGCAUUACCGCCGCUAUCCAUCCCGGUUGAGCUUCCCGAAUCACCGCUCCAGCGCCAGCGCCAGCUCCAAGCCCAAUCCGCAGCCGUCGCAGCGGCAGAAAUCGCAGCGGCAACGACGGCAACAUCGACAGCGACGACGUCAGCAGCCGGGCCUUCGCCGGUGUCUUCUGCCGCCGGCUUUACCCCCCAGACUCCCACCAACCACCCACGUCCGACCACGGGCGACACACCUGGCGCGUCUGGCGCCACCCCCCAAGAUCCCAAUGACCCCAAGCGGCCGCGGGCCUGCGAGGCCUGCCGCGGAUUGAAAGUGAAGUGCGAGCCCGAUGCAGCGAACCCCGACGGUCCGUGCAAGCGAUGCGCGAAGGCGGGACGGAACUGUCUUGUGACGCAGCCCACGCGUAAGAGGCAGAAGAAGACGGACAGCCGUGUCGCCGAGCUGGAGAAGAAGAUAGACGCCCUGACCGCAAGCCUGCAGGCGACGAGGGGGACGCCCAGCACUCAGCAAGCCCCGCCAGAGGACCGCAAUGGUUACAGCACCCCUUAUUAUGCUGGUGCCGCCAGAGAUUGGGGGGCCCCGCCGUCGCGAGACCACCCACCUCAGUAUCCUCCCGAACACGACAAGCGUCCCUUCGCGGCGCCGGUCCCCAUGGCCGGCCAGAAGCGCAAGCUUACCGAAUCCAUCGGCAGCUCCCCUGAAGCGGCCAGCGUCUCGCCGGCACCUGCUAAAUCCGCCACCGGGCCCGACCAGCAACCCGACAUAGUCGACCGCGGGAUAAUAACCAUGAACGAAGCUGCCGCCCUCUUCGCCCGGUACACGGGGGACAUGGUACCGCAUCUACCCGCCGUCGUCUUCCAUGAAGGCACGACGGCUGCCGAAAUUCGAAAGACCAAGCCAAUCCUCUUCCUGUCCAUCAUGGCAGCCGCUUCCUCCGAAAUGCCAAAGCUCCAGCGCCAACUCGUAAAGGAGCUCAUGCAGAUAUUCGGCGAUCGCGUCAUCGUCUCGGGCGGGAAGUCGUUAGAGUUGGUCCAGGCCUUGCUGGUCAGCGUAAUUUGGUACUAUCCGCCGGAGCACUUCGAAGAGCUCAAGUUCUACCAAUUUGUGCAUUUGGCGGCCGUCAUGUCGAUCGACAUCGGUCUCGGCAGGAGGAAGAACAACCCAAAGUCUCGGCUUAUACCGUACACCUGGCGCGACCAUCCGUUCCGGAAGCUCCCCCUUCCCGACCCUACGACGAUCGAGUCGCGGCGAACAUGGCUUGCAGUGUAUUUCUUGGCGUCCAACGUAGCCAUGGCUCUGCAUCGUCCGAACCUAAUUCGGUGGCAGGCUUUUAUGACGGAGUGCAUGGAUAUCCUGGAGUCUUCCCCGCAAGCUGCACCCACUGAUAAGUAUCUCUGCCACCUGGUCUGGACCCAUCGGCUCGCCGAAGAGGUUGGCAUCCAGUUCUCUAUGGAUGACCCGACCGUCUUCAUCAACAUCACCGAACAGAAAGUGCAGUAUGCCCUGCGAGGGUUCGAGCGCGACCUUUCCAAGUAUAGCGAAUCUAUUUCCAAGGCUGAUAAGAAACCGUUUCUCCUGCUUAGUUUCCAUGUAUUGAACUUAUACAUGCACGAGAUCGCCUUAUAUGUAGAUAAGAGCCCGGAAGAGUGCCGCCCCCCCUGCAAUGCUGACUCUCUUCGGGAACCCAUACCGGGUUUGGAGGAGACGCUCACACCGUCACACAUCAGCGCCCUGUCGUCUUGCCUCACUGCGAUCGACGGUAUCUUCGAGACGUUUCUAUCCAUGAACGUCCAGAGUAUCCGCUGUAUCCCGAUUUUCACCUUCGUCCGGGUCGCUUAUGCCGUGGUUGUACUCAUCAAGAUGUACUUCAGCGCCAGUAAUUCGAACUCGGAGCUUGGUAAGGUCAUCAAUAAGGAUAACAUGAAAGUCGCGGAGUAUCUCGAAAAGCUUCUCGAAAAGUUUCGCGAGGUCGCCGCAUCUGAUAAAUCACGCCCAGCAAGCAAAUUUCUGCUCGUCCUAGCCAUGCUUCGCAGUUGGUUCUAUAAGCAAGGCCAACAGGGGAAGCCUCAGCAGGACGAACCACCGGAGCAAUCCGUGGAGCCUCAAGGCACUAGUGAGGCAGCCGUCUCGAAGGAGAAUCACAAUGAUGACAACUUACGACAACAGCAACAACACCAGCAUCAACAGCACCAGCAGCAGUCGAACUCGGGUCCAACCAACACCCCGCUACAGCUGCUUUCCGAAAUAGCGACUGGAAAUGGUCCGUCACAUAGCAAUGGUCAGAACCCAAUCUCACGGCCGGGGACAGACCCGCACGUGCAGUCCUAUAGCAGCAACCAGGCCUGGCUUCGGACGGUACCCCAACCCCCGCAACCCUUCCUGUACGACCCGGCGACAGCCUGCGCCGGAGCCACGCCCGAGUCGGCGGCGGCGGCGGCGGCGGGGGCAGGGAUGCCGAGGAUAGCGGGCAUGACGGGUCAGACGCUCAUGCCGUGGAUGAUGGGAGCGCCGCUGGGCGUGGGCGACUUCGAGUACUCGAGCCUCGGGGACGGGUUCGAGCAGGCUAUGGGCCUGACGCUGACGGGGUUCGGCGGCGGCAGCCCGGGCGACCCGGCCAGCCUCGAGGACACGAUGCGCUACAUCAUGCAGAACGAGAUGCUCGGGCCCAUACCCGACGAGUACGCCUCGGUGCCGCCGCCGCCGCCGCCGCCGCAACCCCAGCCCCAGCCCCUACCCCAGCCGCGCUCUGCCCAUCCGCCGCAGGGCGGGGCGAGGGGGUUCUUCCAGUUCUGAACGUCCCGUCGUCGGAGGCAGGCAUCAUUCUUUGCCAUUUCAUGGAAAUACCCCGCCCCAAUAUCCCAAUUGUUGUCGUUGUCGUUGUCGUGAAUACCCGCCCCCUUCGCCCAAGCAGGGACGCGCGGCCGGCUAGCCCGCGCCAGGCCUCUCUCUCUCUGUCAUUCUCUUUUUUUAUUUUUCUUCCCAGCUAACUAUCGCGGUCCCUUGUACGAUGAGUUGAAUAGGCAUAGGCUCGGGGUAUAGGUAGCGCAGACGAGUCAUACGGGUAGCUACCUAGCGCUACCUAGGCCAGGUAGC